AUGGAAGCAAGCAAGGACCUGCUGCUGAUGGAGGAGAAGGAACCGUCCCUCUUCGGUAGGUUUUCUAGGUUUCUCAUCUACCUCUCCUCACCUUCCAUCGUCUACCCCCACUCCUUCCCUCCCUCCAAGUCUGACUUCGCUCGCUCUGCUCAUCCAUAGAAUCCAGCCUUCUCGUCUGCAAGGAGGAGGAAACGGAGGUGGAGGCCGCUCUGAGGACGGCCAAAAGGGGAAAGAAGGGCGACGGCGGCGGGCCCGACCAGGAGGAAGGCCAGCACAGCACGGCCGCCUUCUCCUCCAGCAACAGCAACGGUAACCCCCUGUCGAAACCAGGCCGCCGUUUUUUUACCUGAAUACGGCUGCGUUGACUUCGCCGCUCGGAUUGCAGUUCUCGGAAAGGUGAAGGACUUCUUGGGAGCGAUCGCAGAAGCCAAUGAGAAGCUCCAGCUGGCCUCUCGGGUUCGUCUCCCGCCGCAAGUCAAUGAGCUGACUUCCGCCCUUAUCAGCCAUCUCUAAAACCAUGAACCCCUCCUCCCCCCCCCUUUUCUUAGGAAAACGGCCGAUCGGAUUACGAUAUCGAAGUGCUCACCGGGAACGAGAACGAGUACAUCGAGCUGGUAAAUCGGUGCCUUCCCCCUUGGAAAAUGUGAAAAUUUUCCUUUUGUUCUAAGCUUUGAAGGGUUUUCUAUAGGAUCUGCUGUUGGGUCUCACGGACCUGCAGACGCCGGAGGCUGUGGCGGCAGCGGAGGCCGCCGUGGGAGGCUCUCGGCCGCCGCUCCUCCCUUCGUACGCCGCCGAAAGCCCCUCGGGCUCUGAGGAAGACGCCGACGAAGAGGAGGCUCUGAACACUGAUUCAGUCCACCCAGCUGGCCCCGGCCGGGGGAGGAAACGCCCCAAUAUAACCGUGCUCGAUUGA